AAAAUAUAAUCUACAUCAACAUGGAAUUUAUGGACCUGUUUGCAUCCAAACGACCGCAGACCCCUGCGACCAAGCCCAAACGAAAAGGUCAAGAGGAGGGUGGAAAGCCGGAAGCUAAGAAGAGCAAGCCCCACAGUUUACCAGCAACGAUAUCUGCGCAUCCGCGAUUUGUUUUUGCACAAUUGGGAAAGCCGGUCUACCGCUUGGGAAACGACAAGUUCGUGUAUGUGGGACCUAGCACCGACGGAAAGAUCAGUACGAUUCAUGUGGUUUUCGGUGAAUGGAAAGAGCAGCCGAACAAUUCCUGGAAAGCCAGCUACGGGAAGAACGUUUCGCUGUCCAAGAUCGGUUUUCUCCGUUUGGCCGCGCUCAUGCUGACUGAGAAAGCUGACAUGGAUGAAACGGCCCGUGCCAGUGCCGCUGAAACCGGUCGGCUGACCCCGUUGUACCUUUUGGACAGGAACAUGUAUUUUGGUUGGAGUCGUUUCAAUGGCACCAACGUGGCGACCAUUCGACGUUUUGAAGUAAAGGGAGGGGAUAUGAUCCCCACCCGCUACGGUGUUUCUUUUGGUGAACGCUACUAUGACGGGUUGAAGGACCUCAUGAAAGACCUGCAGCUGUUCAAAGACAUGGUGAAAAUCCAGAAUGAACAGGGGGUCCACGAGCCGGUCAAAGAAGGACUAGAAUACCCUAUGCUGUGCGAGAACGUUGCUGAGGCUUUAGCGCCAUUAGUCAAGCAGCUGGAUGAUGGUACUAUUAAUCAGUGCCACGAAGAAAACUAUCGACCAUCCGACGGUGAAUGGAACGGUGCUGUGGAGCGGUUCUUAGAAUUGCGUAUGGUGCAUGGUAUACUGUUCGGACUGGAUAAGCUCAGUGUUGAGCAGGCUCUGGACCUGGACGUGGCUGGAUUUUUGAAGAAACACGAAGAUCAGCUUCGUGAGAAUGGCGAUCCAGUGCUCACCUUCCUGGUCAGCUGGGUCCGUAUUCACCACACACGCUCCUGGAAAAGGUGUCAGGCUCGUUGGAACUUGAUUGCUGGCGUAGACCCCACGAAAUACCGCAGUGGUGGUCAAUGGUCCACGGCCGGUAUGUCCUGGAGUCAGGUCAAAACCGAAAAUGGUAUAGCCGUCGUUAUAUUGGGUCCGGUUAAACGGUAA